UAUGUAACUACCCAAGGACAAUAGGAUAGUGGGGAGCGGGGGGUAUAUUAAGAGACGCAAAUCGCAUUGAUUCUUUCUCUUCUUACUCGAAACCUUUUUCAGCAAUUCCCUGUUUCCCAGCCUAAGUAUCUAGGUCGCGGAACGAAGUCCGGGUCAUUCUUUCUGUAAUCAAUAUAGUUGGGAUUCCAUUCUGAUUCAGGUAAGAACGAACGAAGUCACUAUUAUUUACUGAUUUAUUUAUCAUAUUCCAACAAUCCCAUUCCUCAUUUCUUUCUUUCUUCAAACCAUCAACUAACUCCUCUACUCUACUCAAGACUCUAUCCUCUCUCUCUCUCUCUCUCUCUCAAACAGCUACAACCCUACAAAAAUGGCCCCCCGCCCCCUCCACCCGGGCAUCUACGUCCCAACAGUCGCCUUCUUCGACCCCACCAGCGAAGAAGUCGACAUCCCCACCGUCGAAAGACACGCCUCCUACCUCGCCUCGACGGGAAUAGCCGGUCUCGUCGUCCAAGGCUCCAACGGCGAAGCGGUCCAUCUCGACCGCGAAGAACGCAAAGCCAUAACCCGCGCGACCCGUCGUGCCCUCGACUCCUCUCCCUCAACAUCCUCGAUCCCCAUCAUCGUCGGGACAGGAGCUCAAUCGACCCGAGAGACAAUCACGCUCUGCAAAGACGCCGCUGAAGCAGGGGGUGAUUAUGCGAUUAUUCUCCCGCCAUGCUAUUAUAAGGGUCUGGUGAAUAAUGCUGCGCUGCUAGAGCAUUUUCGCAUUGCGGCCUCGGAGUCGCCGAUUCCUGUUAUGAUUUAUAAUUACCCUGGCGCGGCAGCCGGGGUGGAUUUGACUUCGGAUGAUGUUCUCGCGUUGGCGGAACAUCCGAAUAUCAUCGGGGUGAAGCUUACGUGUGGGAAUACGGGCAAGUUGGCGCGGAUUGCGGCCGGUGCGAAGAAAGGGUUUAUGACGCUGGGGGGGUCGUGUGAUUUUACCCUGCAGACGCUGAUUGCUGGUGGUCAGGGGGUUAUUGCUGGUACGGCGAAUGUUAUCCCUCGGACGUGUGUGGAGGUGAUGAAGCUGUAUGAGGCCGGUCGUGUGGCCGAGGCGCAGAAGUUGCAGGCUAUUGUCGCCAGGGCUGACUGGGAGGGGAUCAAGGCGGGCUUUGUCGGCGUCAAGACGCUGUUGCAGGUGCAUCGCGGUUACGGAGGCCCGCCCAGACGGCCUUGCGUGGCCCAUUCUCCAGAGGAAGUGACAGCGUUGACGGAUGGGUUUGCGGAGGCCAUGGAGGUCGAGAAGUCGUUGGAGAAGUAGAUAGCUUUGCUAGUUAUGAUAAGAUGAACACCAUGACAGAACCUAAGGCUGAGCUGGUCUACGUCACAUUGGAGUAGAUCUCUGGAAACGGAUAUGCCAAAAUAUGGAAAUUAAUUAUCA